AUGUCGACUCGGCCGGAGCAUUCUGCUCCACCUGAAAUUUUUUACAGCUCCGAAGAAUCUCGCAAGUAUAAUACGAAUUCACGUAUUUCAAAGAUUCAAACCGAAAUGUCUGAAAGAGCACUUGAAAUGCUGUUACUUCCAGAGGACCAAACUAGCUUGGUGCUGGAUAUAGGUUGCGGAACUGGAAUUAGCGGUAACGUAAUUUCAAAUUCUAAUAAUUUCUGGAUUGGACUCGAUAUCAGCCAACAUAUGCUAAAUGAAUGUUUGUUGAACGACGUUGAAGGCGAAGUUGUUUUAUGUGAUAUUGGUGAGAAUAUGAACUUUCUUCCGAACAUGUUCGACGGAUGCAUUAGUAUAAGUGUGUUGCAGUGGCUAUUCAUAUCAAACAACAAGUCACAGGAUCCUUAUCGCAGACUAUGUUGUUUUUUCAAGUUUGUUGAUCAGUUUUUACACAACUACCAAUGGUUGUACAAGUCUUUGGCUUAUAAUGCAAGAGCGUGUCUUCAAUUUUACCCUGAAAAUGCCGAGCAGGUCGACAUGUUACUUGAUAUAGUAAGAAAGUGUAAUUUUAACGGUGGAUUGGUGGUGGAUAAUCCAAACUCAGUCAAGGCUAAAAAGUAUUAUCUUUGUAUUUGGUCACAUAACAGUAACAUUUAUCAUAAGUUGCCCAAACCAAUAGACGAAGAGGCACAAGUUGAUGAGGAAGAUGAUUUCGUUAACAAAAAUGUGAAAAAACGCCAUAAAAAUAAGCUAAGUUACAAGGAUAAAAUCAUUAGGAAGAAGCAACAACAAAGGAACAAGGUAAUACUAUCCUACUAUUACUCUAUUAUACACUAUAAUAUCAAUGUAUUAGGGACUGCAUAUAAGACCUGA